AUGCUCCCCAGAGGAGGAGGAGCAGAGGCCCAGGACUGGCAUCUGGACAUGCAGCUGACGGGCCAGCUGGUGCUGUCUGCUGCUGCCCUGCUCCUGCUGACUGCAGCCUACAGGCUGUACAAGUCCAGGCCAGCCCGGGCCCCACCGCGGGGGACGGACACCAAGGCUGAGGCUGAGGGGGAGGCAGGGGACUCCAGGCAGCCUGCCGCCCAGGAGGCUGUUCCCAGGGCACCACGGUGGGACCUGAGACGCCGAAGGGGAAGCAAGGGGGCCACAGGACUGCCAGGCUGCAGCUGGGAGAACACAGAGGCCUCCAGAGUCCCGGCCACCAGAGCUUCAUCCGCAGUCUCAGAAGCUAGAGAGGCUAGGAAAGCUGGAAGGAACCGUGCUGGAGAGGAGCACGCUGGGCAGCGCCCGGACUCUGACCUGCCAGCUCCUCGGUGCGGAGGCCAGGAAGCCAGAACAGCUGUGGACGGUAAGCCCGAGCUGCCCCAUUGCCCCAAUCAGUGCAGCAAAUCCCCAAACCCCCCAGCUGGCCUCCCCGCUGUGGAGAGAGGCCGUGUGGGUGGUGAGCUCGCUCCCGGGCAGGACAGUGGACUCCCCAAGCAUCCAGGGAGCGGGGAGCAGGAAUCCCCCUAUGAAGGUCAGGCGGCCCACUGUGAAGGCCAGUGUGACAUGAACAACAGCUGGGUCUUUACCCACGCGUCAGGGGUCCACAGGGAGGAGGCAGGGGCCCUCCAGGCUGCCUCGGACCUGGGCCUGGCCCUGCGUCAGCAGGAGGGCGCCUCCGACGCCUCCUACACCUUCUCGUCUGUGGCCCGGGUUCGAGUAGAGGAGAAUUUCAUACCGGAGAAGUUGGAGGGGAUCAGGCCCAGGCUGAAGGGCAAGGUGUACGAUUACUAUGUGGAGUCCACCUCUCAGGCCACCUCCAGGAGCAGGCUAGCCUCCCCAACAGCUGCCCCAGCAGGGGCUCCAGCCCCUGAGUCAGUGUCAGGCCCCCUGGGAACAAGGACAGCAUCUGGACGGCCCGCCGAUGACGGAGAAGGCAGACUGGAGACGGCCGCCUCCCCCCAGUCUGACCCCUCCCGCUCCACGCGAGGCUUCAGCCGCAAGGAGAGCCUCCUUCAGAUCGUGGAGAACCCAGAGCUUCAGCUGCAGCUCGACGGCUUUGGGGAGGCUGCUCCAUCCUGCCCAGACCAGAGAGCCGCGCCCACCUGCCCCAUGUCCCAGGAUUCUCCUGAGUCCAGCUCAGCCGGAAGCCGCGGGAAGCCCCAUGUGCACUCUGUGGCUGGCACCAAUUUCUUCCACCCCCCGCUCAGCCCUGGAUCAGCCCCAGAGGUCCACCUGGAUCUGGGCAAUUGCUACGAGGCGCUGACCUUUGCCAAGAGGAAGAAACUGGAGCCCCUGAAGGAGGCCGCCUACAAGGUGAUGAGUGACAACUACCUCCAGGCCCUGCGGAGCCCGGUCUACGGGUGCCUGAGCGGGGCGGAGCGGGAGCUGGUCCUCCAGCGCCGGCUCCGGGGGCGCAAGCACCUAGUGGUGGCCGACGUGUGCCCCCAGGAAGGCUCUGGCCGCCUCUGCUGCUACGACGAUGAGCAGGACGCCUGGCGCCCGCUGGCCCGCCUGCCGCCCGAGGCUGUGUCCCGGGGCUGCGCCAUCUGCAGCCUCUUCAAUUACCUCUUCCUGGUGUCCGGCUGCCAGGGCUCGGGGCGCCAGCCCUCCAAGCGCGUCUUCUGCUACAACCCGCUGACGGACAUCUGGAGCGAGGUGUGCCCCCUGAACCAGGCGCGGCCGCACUGCCGGCUGGUGGCCCUGGACGGGCAGCUGUACGCCGUCGGGGGCGAGUGUCUGAACACGGUGGAACGCUACGACCCUCGCCUGGACCGCUGGACCUUUGCGCCGCCGCUGCCCAACGACACCUUCGCCCUGGCGCACACGGCGGCGGCGAGCGGGGGCGAGCUCUUCGUCACGGGGGGCUCGCUGCGCUACCUGCUGCUGCGCUUCUCCGCCCGGGAGCAGCGCUGGCGCGCCGCGCCCACCGGGGGAGGCAGGGACCGCACGGCCGAGAUGGUGGCGAUCAGAGGCUUCCUCUAUCGCUUUGACCUCAACCGCAGCCUGGGCAUCAGCGUGUACCGCUGCAGCGCCAGCGCCCGCCUCUGGUACGAGUGCGCCACAUACCGGACGCCGUACCCCGACGCCUUCCAGUGCGCCGUGGUGGACGAGCUGGUCUACUGCGUGGGGCGCCGGCGCACGCUGCGCUUCCUGGCCGACUGCAUCUCGCCCAGGUUUGUGCCCGAAAUGCUGCAGGCCUUCCCCUCCCCGCAGGGCACCCUCCUGCCCACCGUCCUGACCUUGCCCGGUCCUGAUGUGCCCCAGACCAGGGUCUAG